AUGAAUGCCCUGAACCUGGAAAUCCGCUGGCACCGCCCGGACGCCUAUAAGGUUCCCAUUCUGCUGCAGAAGACCCCAGUGAAACCGGAUCAGGCCCUAGACAAACAAUACAGUGGUAGGGUGUCUCUGGUUGGAGCGCAGGAGAAGGGAGAUGUUUCUAUGAGACUGGAGAACAUCACCCUGGCAGACAGAGGAGACUAUGUGUGUUACGCCAAGAGCACACAGUGGUACGAAUCGGCCACCGUCAACCUGCAAGUCAGAGAUGAUGACGGUUUGGUGGGAGUGUCUUCCUGGCUGCUGCAUUCUCCAUCUGAAUCAGAGUGGAUCACCUGUUCUGUGGGUCUGUCUGAUCAGGAGAGGAGAGAGAGCAAGAUCUUACCCUUCAUCUACAGAACACAGAAAGAACCAAGCUCAUCAGGUUCUGGGGGAGUUACAGCACUGUUCAUCGUGACCCUGCUGGUGUUGGUGGCUCUGAUCAUUGGGAUGGCGGUGGCCUACAAGAAAGAGAAACGAGAAAGCACUGGAGAAGAAGGGCAGUCUCUAGCGUCUCCAGAACCAGCCAAGGAAAAGACUCCAGAAAUGAAAGAAGAGGAAACUAACACAGAGGUUAUGAUGAAGGAUAUGAAGGGUAUCAUUGUGACCCCAGAGUGGGAUAGUCUGAAAUCCUAUGCAGUGGAGAGCAUCUUUCUGGAGGUAAAAUCAGUCCCUGAGUUUCUGAGGGUAAAGGAUGGUCCGGGUGUGAAGACAGAAGUGUGGUGUCCUGAUCCAACAAGAGUCCAAGGCCAUGCGGAGAGGGAUCCCCACGUGCUGUGUGAGCCGAGAUUCAAUAGAGGAAAGCACUGCUGGGGGGUGAAGAUUUGGAUAACACCAAAGAUCAAAGAAAUGGCAACAAAUGAUAAAAAGAUCAAGCAGAAACAGUCUUGGUAUGUUGGUGUAUGUAGAGAUAAUCAAGAGAAAUACAAGAAAGUUCCCUUAACCCCAGAUAACGGGUUCUGGGUUCUGCAGUAUGAGAAGGGAACUGGGCUGUUUGUCAACACUGACCCUCCAACUCCAGUGCCAAUGACAGAUCUCUUCAAGAGACUUGGAUUGUUUCUGGACUGUGACAAACACACUCUGUCCUUCUACAACGUAGACACCAAGUCCCACCUGUGUACCUUUGAGAAUGUUAGAGGAAUGUCUGGUACAGAAGAACUCUGUCCUCUGGUCAGUCCUGGAAUUAGAGACUCAGAAGUCAUGAGAGUCUGCACACAUGAUGAGAUGAAAAAGAAACAAAAAUGA